AUGAAGGGUCUUAAUCCUCUGUCUCUCUGCCGUCCGACAUUUGCAUUCAGAUGGAUACAGUUGAACCCAAAUGCAGCUGGUCGAGUCUUCUACUUGACCCGCAGUGUCAAGCCGAGGCGAGAUCAGCGUUGCAAAACUGCACUGAUGUUCCUGACAUCAGUUCUCGAAUUGUUCACUGUAUUGUCAUAUGUUAAAACGACAGCGACUUUUUUUUUUUUUCAUUGUUGUCUGGAAACAUUUUUUUUUUUAAAACAAAAUUUUAUCUCCCUUUUUUCUUCCUCCUCUUCUCUUUCCCUUUCUCUCUUCCUCCUCCUCUCUUUCCCUUUCUCUCUUCCUCCUCCUCUCUUUUUCUUUCUCUCUUCUUCCUACUCUCUUUCCCUUUCUCUCUUCCUCCUCCUCUCUUUUUCUUUCUCUCUUCUUCCUCCUCUCUUUUCCUUUCUCUCUUCCUCCUCCUCUCUUUCCCUUCCUCUCUUCCCCUUCCUCUCUUCCUCCUCCUCUCUUUCCCUUUCUCUCUUCAUCCUCCUCUCUUUCUCUCUUCCUCCUCCUCUCUUUCUCUUUCUCUCUUCCUCCUCCUCUCUUUCCCUUCCUCUCUUCUCUCUCUCGAUCUCUUUCUCUCCCUCCUUAAUCACGCUGAAAAUACCGGUUCUCGUUCGAUCAGCCAAGUUAAGCAGCGUCGAGCCCGUUCUCUUUUUUCACCACUCUCUCUCUCUCACCUUUUCCUUCUCUCUCUCUCUCUAUUUUAUUCCCUGUCUUUAUCUCUUCUUUUGCUUCUUUCUUAUUUUCUCUAUCAUCUCUAUGUCACCUUUCUUAUACUCUCUAGCCUUUUGCUUUUUCUGUAUUGACUUCAAAAUUCCCUCUUUCCCUCUCGCUCCAUCUCUUUCUCUUUCUCAUAUUCUUCCAUUCCUAAUUUGUCUCUCUCUCUCUCUCUCUCUCUCUCUCUCUCUCUUUAGUUCAUUCAUCCUUCUCUUUUACCAAAGAUAA